AUGGAACAAGGAUGGAAUUUGAAGCAGUCAAGUCUCCACAGGUUGGAGGAUAAAUCGAUUGGGAGGAAGAAUGUCAAAUGUUGCCCGUCGCCUUCGGAUUGGAAAAGGCUAAACUUUGAUGGUGCUAGUCAUGGUAAUCUGGGUUUGUCGGGCUUUGGGGAUGUGGUCAGAGAUGAGGAUGGUAGUUUGGUUGGAGCUACAUGUGGGUUGUCAGGAAUUGUUUCUAACAAUGUGGCGGAAAUCACUGCAUUAGAGGAGGGGCUUAAUUGGGUUAUAGAAAAUAAUCAUCUAAAAGUAGUAAUCAAAGGGGAUUCUCAAAUUAUACUAAAUGGUGUAACCAAAAAAUAUUUUACCAAUUGGAGGCUUAAUGAACGGAUUCCGAGAAUCAACCAGCUUCUUAAAAAACUGGAAGACUACCAGGUAAAACAUAUAUAUCGUGAGGGAAACCAUGUGGCGGACAUACUUGCUAAUCAGGUGUUAAUUGAAUCUUAG